AUGUUAAAACCUCUUGGAAAUCCGGGCUGGAGAAAAUCGUUGGGUUUGAAUAACCUGACGUCUGGUAGCCAGUCAAGACUGUCAUGGCUUUUUCGAAGAAAAGGUGAAGUUAAGGAAAGAAUUGACCCAGAACUUGAAGUCAAUCAAAGAGUUGUGACCUUUAUCGAGGACCAUGUAUCCAGAGGGACUGUUCGUCAUAUUGAUGAGGAGAAAGACGCUGAUGGAAAUGUUCAAAAGAUUCUUGGCUUGGAAAUGGACGAAAGUUUCAGCAUAGGUGGAUGUGGAAGAAGGAAUGGGAGACAGCUAUUCACUUGUGAAGAUGGUUUUUCCAUGUUUAUUCCUCUGGAAUCUGUUAUGCUAGAGAGAGAGUUUGACGCUGAACCUGAAGAGCCUGAAACACCGGAAGAGAGUUCUGAGGAAUUCGAUUCGCAGUCCGACGAUGAUUCAUCAGAAACGGGUCCUGGUCCUGGGGCAAGGUUGGAUGAAGAAACAACGCAUCAAAACAAUGGUAUUUCGAAACAGCAAGUAAGAGAGGAACCAGAAACUUUUCUGAACAAAGCACUUCAAGAAAGUGAGAAAGAGCAAGAGACUGCACUUCAACAAACGCAGGCUGCCGAAGAGGACUACCAGGAAGAUUUUUCCAUUACAGCUGUUAGAUUCCACGACGGAGAGAAAGAGGAAGAGCGACGAGAGGAGAAUUUUUGUUCAGGAUUAAGUGACACUGAACAGAGAUUAAGAGAGGAACUUACAAGAACAGAAAUUAGAGUAGUUUUGUUAAGCAAUCAGCUCUCAAGAAAGCAUCAGGAUGCGGAAAACUUUCAGAGACAAAUUCAGAAGAUGGAGCAACAGUUGACAGUAAGAGAAGAUCGAAAAGAGAAUUUUAGAACACAACUGGAUAAGGAGCAAAGAUUGCGAGCGGAAUUAAACGAAAGAGAAACGACAGAAAUUCUGCUACGAAAGCAGCUCAGAGAAAAGGAUUGUCAAGAAGCAAGCCUCCAAAGAACACUAUGUGAGCAAGAACGGCAACUGGAAAAGGAACGAAGAUUACGAGAAGAAUUAAUCGAAAAAGAAGCAACAGAAAUUCUGCUACGAAAACAGCUCAGAGAAAUGGAUUGUCAAGAAGCACACUUCCGGAUGCAACUGAGGAUUCAAAAGCAACAACUGGAGGAGAAAGUUAAGGGAGAUGAAACUUUAGGAGAACAAUUUCAGGAAAUGGAACGCAGGUUGAGGGAAGAAAUAACUGAAAAAGAUGCGAGACAAGUAGUUUUGUGUGAAAAGAUCACCGAAAAGGACCAGCAGUUGACGGAGAUGAUACAACAAUUGACAGUGACAGUGGAGCGGGAAGAAGAUCUUAAGACGCAGAUAAGGAAUGUAGAAGAACAGCUGAGAGAGAAUGAGGAGCAAGUUGAGAAUUUACGAACGAACCUGAAAGAUGUAGAGAAACGAUUAACACAGAAAGAGGCACAAGAAGAAAAUUUACGAUUAAGCC